AUGUCAAAAGCAUCUGUUUUGCGUAUUCAAUCAUCGGAAGGUACAAAACGCUUAGAUUUUAACAGUCAAGAUACAUAUAAAACUAUCUAUGAAAAAGUUGCACAAAUAUUUUCACUGUCAUCAUUGAAUGAUUUUACAUUAUACAAAGAAAAAAAUAAACAAUCACCGCUAGGACGAACUCAAAAUAAAACUAAUUUAAAACAUGGUGAUAUGAUUUAUUUAGUUCCUGAACAUGCAAAUUUAUUUCCAACAGAUACCAAUUCAUUGUUGUAUGUUCCUACUGAUCUUAAAUCAGAUACACCAUCAAAUGGAAAUAGUUAUGCAUCACCGAAAGUUGGCUCGUUUCAAAUAAAUAAUUUUACGAAAUCAAGUGCAAAUGCUACGGACAUUAGAGAAGAUGAUGUCGAUAUACAAUUAGAUAAAUUAGAUGGAAGAAUACCAAGAAAACGUGAUCCACAAUUAUGUCAUCAUAAUGUACAUGGAAAAUGCUUACAUUGUAUACCGAUUGAACCAUAUGACGAAGAAUUUUUAAAAAAUCGAAAUCCACCAAUUAAACAUAUGUCAUUUAGAGCAUCAAUUAGAAAAUUACAAAGUUCGACAGCUGGCGAAAGAAAUACAUUUGCUAGUCUUGAAAAUAUAAGUUGCUCAAUUAAAGAAAAAUGUGCCACUGGCCAUGCACCUUGGCCUAAAGGUGUUUGUACAAAAUGUCAACCAAAUCCAGUCACUCUUAUGCGUCAGCCUUACCGUCAUGUAGACAAUAUAAUGUUUGAGAAUGGAAAUAUGGUAAAUCGUUUUUUAAAUUAUUGGCGUUCAUCAGGUCAUCAACGUAUUGGUUUUCUCUAUGGUCGCUAUGAAAUUUAUGAUGGCGUACCGCUUGGUAUUCGUGCAGUUGUUUCAGCUAUCUAUGAACCGCCACAAGAUACAUCAAGGGAUAGUGUAAAAUUAACUCUUCCAGAUCCACAUGAAGCACUGAUAAAUGACUUAGCACGUCGUCUUAAUAUUCGUCGUAUCGGAUGGAUUUUUACUGAUCUUAUACCUGAUGAAAGUAAAUCCGGUGGUGGUCCUGUUCUUCACCAUCGUGGCAAUGUGAAUUCCUACUUUUUAAGUGCUCAGGAAUGUAUCACGGCUGGUUGGUUUCAAAAUAAUCAUCCAAACACAUGCAAAUAUUCACCAGAUGGCUAUUUCGGUUCAAAAUUUGUGACUGUUGUUGUUACGGGUGAUGUAUCAGGACAAAUUCAUUUUGAAGGCUAUCAAGUAUCAAAUCAAUGUAUGGCUUUGGUGAAAUCAAAGAUUUUAUUUCCAACAUACGAUGCACCUGAAUUAGGUUACGUUCGAGAAACAAGUUCAGAACAAUAUGUUCCUGAUGUUUAUUAUAAAGAAAAAGAUUCAUAUAAUAAUGAAAUAAUGAAAAUAGCGCGUCCAUUACCGCUUGAAUAUCUUAUAAUUGAUGUUCCAACAGGCUUUCCUUCGAGCGAUGCACAAAUUCAAUCAACAUUUAAUGAUGAUUGUCAAACAAUAAAAACACCGUUUUGUGUUGAAAACCGAAUGCAAAUUGGAGAAUUACAAGAUAUGAAUGCAUUAGCAACAUAUUUACAACAGUUUUCAAAAACUGGAGGUGCUGGUGUAACUACUUCUAGCGCAAGUCAAUUUAAAGCUACAGACAUUUUAAGUGAUAUUCAUCUAUUAAGAUAUUUGGCUGUUAAUGAUAUUAUAUCAUUUUCAAUGGAUCAACUCGAUCCAUUACUUGAUUCUAUACGUACGCAUGAUCUUAAUGGUAUUGAAACCUGGAUGGAAGGUUCCGAUUGGCAAACAAUAGUUCAAGUUCUACAAUCACAUGGUCCUAAUACACCAUUAGGAGGAGGAGGAGGAGGUACUCGAUCAUCGUACAUGGAUUAUGAAGAUCAACACGAUCUAGCAUCUUCAUCGUCUCAAUGGAACUGUCCACGAUGUACUUUUCUUAAUAUUGGCUCAUCUCGGACAUGUGAAAUAUGUUCAUGUGAAAAAGGUUCUUAG